UUAACUUGACUCUAGUGGUAGAAUAACAUAUAACCUCAAAUAUUUGAGUUUGAGGUUAGAAAUAUUCAUGCCUUUGUGAAAGCUGUGAAUAAUUUGUAUAUCUGACUAGUUUUAUAUUAAUUGAAUAUUAUCGUUUAGUUUUCCGUGUUAGAGAUUGAUAAUUAUCAAUAUGAGGGUAGUUAAAGUGAUGAACAGUGCCCCUUCUAUCAAAAACAUUCAGAGUUAUUGCUUAAGACACUUAUCUCUAAGUCCAAGCAUUAACAGUCAAAUUGUUCAUUUGAAAAAAAAGUUUGCCAAACGAGAAGGGGUGCAGCCAACCGAAAUUGAAAUUGAUGUGAAUAAUCAGUUUGAAAAGCUAGCUGAAACUGUGACUCCACUUGCAAAUAAACCUUAUAACGUACAACUCAAAAUCAAAAGGGAUUGGAGUCGAUAUGUGUUGAAUCAGUUUGUCUCCAGCAAGAAGAAAGAAUUGUGUACAAUUGAGUCAACAAUUCCAUCCCCUGUUCUUGAAGGAUACCGUAAUAAAAGUGAAUUCAGCAUUAGAAAUGGUGCCGAUGGUAAUCCAAAAACUGUUGGAACUUUUAUUGGUUCAGCGGGACUGGGUCGAUCCAUCUGUGUGCCACCAACUCAUCUUAUCAAUACGCCACAAAUUCAUAAGGAUAUAUGUAAGUCUUUUGAAGACUACAUAAGAUCGAGUGACCUACCAGCCUGUCACGACCUGCAUGACGGCGGAUUCUGGAGACCAAUCUUAAUCAGAUCAAAUCGGAAAGGUGAAUGCAUGCUGUGCAUUGCUGUGCACCCAGGCGACAAGACAGAGGCACAAAUCGACGAGCAAAUGAACGCCUUGAAGGACUAUUUCACCGAGAGACGCGAUCAGCUGCAACUUGCCAGUCUCUAUUUCCAAAUUUGCAAGCACUCAAGGUGUACAAAUGAGAGUGCACCGUACAGACUCCUGUACGGCGAGCCACAUCUUAUAGAGAAGAUAGGUGGAUAUGAGUUUCAGAUUUCGCCGGACUCUUUCUUUCAAGUAAAUGUCGAAGCUGCAGAAAAGCUAUAUGAGGCGAUUUUUCGAGUUGCUGAUAUGAAGCCUUACUCCUUACUGCUUGACUUGUGUUGUGGCACUGGAGUUGUCAGUAUCCUGGGAAGCUCGUCUGUCCGGUCAUGCGUUGGGGUGGACUGUGUGUUGCAGGCAGUGCAGGAUGCCACUGAGAAUGCUCGAAUAAACAACAUCCAAAACUGUGCCUUCCUCAAAGGUAGAAUCGAAGAGGUUUUGAGGAGGGUUCUGAAGCGAUUAGAUUCUUCAGCUGAUAUUGUUGCAGUAUUAAAUCCUAGUCGAGCAGGAAUGCCGCCUGACGUGAUACACGAACUACGUAACUGUGUGCAGAUUCGCAAACUGAUCUACGUGUCAUGUAUGGCUGACUCGCCGAGCAUGAUCAAGAACUUCAACUGGUUGCGGAGCCCUCAGUUCAACGAAUCACGUCCUUUUAAUGUCACACGUCUCAUUCCCGUCGAUCUUUUCCCCCACACCUAUCACUGUGAAGCUGUUAUAGUGUUUGAAAGGUGAUUUUGAUCUUAGACCAAUACCCUAUCUCCAGUAUGUGAAUGACUGAAAUAAAGUCACUUAGAAAUAUCAAUUUCUUCGCAUUUCAAAGCAUAUUAGUAUGUCUGAAAACGUAUUCUUCCUAUCACAGUAGGUUCCGUACCUAAUUAUUUGUAUUAUGUGAUGUAUGUAUAAAGUGCGUUGAAGACGUUUGACAUUACUUUUCUGUAAAUAAAGUGUUUAUUAUAGUUCAAU